AGCGUUUCUUCACCAUUAUCGCAUUUUUUCAUCGUCUAUAAAAAACCAAACCAAACAGUAAAUUUUCAGUUAACCUAAAUUUAAUCAUGAUCGAGACAAGCCCUAAUCGUACACCCAAACUCUCCUUAUCUUCGUUUCCAAACAAGCCAUAUCAGAACCACCAGCAGGACAAACUAGCGGCAGACCUAUCGUCAACGCCGCCGAUCAGUAAUCGAGCUUCAAUUCCGUUUCAAUGGGAGGAAGCGCCGGGAAAGCCGAGACGGAAGCAAAAUCAAUCGGAGAAGUGUAAAGCCGUCGCCAGGUGCUUAGAUUUGCCACCGAGGCUGACGGUGUUGGAUAGUCCGUCUCCGUCGUACGCGGUGGUUGAUGAUAUUGAGGUCUAUACGAGAGGUAAUGGUAAAGGGAGAGUUAUGUUUGGGUCUGGGCGGUGGGGAAGAAGUAAGGAGAUAACGAGGAAAUCUAGUUUUCUUAUGAUUAAUUUUUCAUCUUCUUCAAAAUCUCAUUUGCUGACAAAUAUUUACGAAGGGUUUAAGCAGGUAGUAGUCCCAUGGAGGAGACAUAGGCAGAGGAAUUAAUAAACAUAGGACGUGGAUUUUAUAAAUUUAAAUUUGGAUUAAUUGUAAAUAAAUUCAAUAUUUAGAUCUAUGAUUCUAUCACGUUAUUUUAAAAUUAUCAAUUUUGUUACUAUCUAUUUCUCUUUUAAGUUUAUUAUGUAGCUAUUGCGGACAUGAUAAAAGGACAUAAAUUUUGGCGGGUAUGUGAAAUGAAAAUCGCCUAAUUUUAAAUCA